AUGGAUCCUUCUGAGUCAUAUAUGAGGCAAACAAAACUAGUUCAGGAUGAGAACCAAUUGUUGGAAAACAUUCUAAGAACGCUACUUCAAGAGCUCGUGUCAGCUGCAGUUCAAUCAGGGAAACAUACUAUGCAUUAUGGGGCAUCAAUUGAUGAUGGUGAUAACACAGAGGGGCAAGUACCUCGGCUUCUUGGGGGCAAGAUAUUCCAGCUUUUGGAAGAUUUGACAGAAAUGUCCACAAUGAGAAACUGUGAAGAUGUCUUUGGUUAUAUAGAAAGUAAGCAAGACAUCUUGGGUAAGCCAAAACUUUUUGCAAAGGGAAAGCUUGUAAUAUUAAGAACUUGCAGUCAACUUCUUCUUCGUCUUUCAAAGUCAAACGAUGUGUACUCUACUUCUUUCUCUGAUGACAUUAUUAUUUCUUUUGCAUGUACAACUGUCAAUAUUAAGGGAGUUUUCAAUGUUUCAAAUGAGACAAAGUAUCAGAAGCAAGCACCUGAUGGAAUUUCUAUAGACUUCAAGUUCUACCAAACAUUUUGGAGUUUGCAGGCUCCAGGGAAAAACGAAAAAGAUUUGCCUUCAGAAACGAUGGUUAGUCGGGACUUCAAAAGUUAAAUACGUGUAAAAUUUGACAAGUGAUAUUUUGUUUAUUAUUUUUUAAACAUUGUGAUAAAAUUGCUAUUUAUUAAAUGCAUAUUAGUACACACUUUUAUAGAUGAUAUUCUUAUCGGCUAAUAACACUCAUGAAGCUUACUUCCAACGAUCGUGGGAGCUGCAUUAGCAGAUAUUGCUUUUGAACAUUUUAAAGCU